UUUCUCUGUAGCAAUUUAUUUAUUUAUUUGCUUUCUGUCAAAUGUAAUAAUAUAUUUUUAAUAUCUGUACCUAAAGCAAGGAAGGUGGAGAGAAUCCAGAAAUGCUCUCCAUUUAUUUAAGAUUUUCCCCUCAAAAACCUAUAUAAUAAAACAACAACAAGUACUUCUUACUAGUAAUAUAUUAUAAAUGGGAAAAUAACAGAAAUGUAUAGUGAGAGAGAGCUAGAGAGAAGUGAGGAGAAAACGCAGAGAAUAAAAAGAGACCGGAUGUUGACAAAUUUCAUGUCACUGUUAUUAGAAGGUCGUUUGUUUGUUGUCAGUCUCUUGGACUCUUUGAAUUUUGUCCAUGAUGUGGAGGUAACUGUCGAAUGAUUGAAUCUAUGGGGAUUCUUGAGGAGAUGAGAUAAUAGGAUGUGGGUCUGAGGAAUGGGAACAAAAGUGCAGUGUGAAAGUUACUUCCCAGGAUAUUUCUCAAUGAGGGAUCUUAAUGAGGAUUCUAACAGUUGUAGCUGGCCCCUGUUCUAUGGAGAUAAAACCUUUACAAAUGGGCAGCAUUACAAUGGUCUCUUGCCUAGGGUCAUUGCAGAUGCUUAUCCAGGGAACGAUAAGGACGUAGUAAAGCAGACAAUGCUUGAGCAUGAGGCCAUAUUUAAGAGACAGCUCCGUGAACUUCACCGUAUAUACAGAAUACAGAGGGACUUAAUGGAUGAAAUUAAAAGGAAAGAACUACUUAAAAAUCAAUUGCCUGUUGAGACAUCAUUUUCAUCUAGCCCUUUAGCUUCCCAGAUUACAUCCGAAGAUGCUCGUAAAUGGCAUAUCCCUAGUUUCCCAUUGGCAAGUUCAAUAUGUGCCAGACCAUCCACAUCAGGCAUUGAAGAUAUUCAUUCUCCUUUGAGCUCUUUGAAAGGAAGCAGUGCACAAGCUAGUCCCUUGCCAUCUCAAAAUGGUGGAGCUUCAAAAGAUGUGGAGAUUCUAGAGUCCAGACCAUCAAAGGUGAGAAGAAAGAUGUUUGAUCUUCAGCUUCCAGCUGAUGAAUACUUAGAUACUGAAGAAGGGGAACAAUUAAGGGACGAAAAUGUAUCUGGAAUUUCAAGUUAUGUGUCCAACAGGAAUCCUAAAAUUGCAUCUCAGAAUGAAAGAAAUCUUCUUCUUGGCAAUGGUGGGAAGAAUAAUUGCCAAGGAGAUGCAUCAAGAUCUGAGUCAUGUUUAAGGAGCCCAGUUAAUGUGGGUGACUUGAACAAGCCUAUCGAGGUUGAAGAGGCAAAUGCUUCUGCAUAUGUUGAUAUUUUAGGUUGCACCUCCUCCCAAGCAGUGAGCCAAGGACAUGAACUAGCUCCUAAGCCAAAACAAGAGCUUCUAGGUUUUCACAAGGAAAGUUCAGCAAAUUUCCAUUACAGGAGUGACAAUGGGACUCUCAAUAGUCCACAUUUGCAACAUAAUGCCAGCGGAAAAUGCUGGUUUCCGCAUGCACUUGACUCAGGGCACAGCAAAAAUAAUUUGAAGUCUGCUUCUCCAGAAAAACCUACCUCUUCCCAGCCAAUGCAAGUUCUGUUUAGUAAAACUCAUGAAUCUCCUACCUUUUUUCUAACUGAUCAAGGCAAGAUUGAUCUGUUGAGAGAGAGAACAGCUCAUGGUUUAGAACUUUCUGAAAGAAAUCACGAGAUCUCCCAUAGUAACUAUUCAGAGUCAGUUGUUGCUUCUCGUAUACCCAGUCCAUAUCCAAUUGGUCCUCCUUCUGAUGUGGGAAAGUUCUGGCGUCACUCUGUUUCCUCCUGGGAAAAGUCUGCUGUUAGCUUAAGCCAGAAAUCAAUGUCAGUUCAAAAGCACCCGUAUUUGAAUUCAUCUGCAACUUUGAGUAGGAGCUCACAGUCAUCAACUCAGAGCCAUGGGUUUUUAGGAGACCAAUGGAAUUAUAACAGAAAUUCUACAUCUAACCCAAGCUUUGUUUGUGAAAUGCCCAACCGAGAUGGAUUUUACCAUGGGUCCUCAUCAGGGUCCAAGGAACCAUCAGUUCACCUUCCUUCAGGAAACUAUGAGUAUUGGAACUGUGCUGGUACUAACAAUAGAGCAUCUGGGCAUUUCAUCAAUCACAGUUCAGCAAACUUCUACAAGAGUCCAAAUUGUAUGGACUCGAAGCUGGCUUGGGAUGUGAACUUGAAUGCAGUGCUUUCGAACAGCUCAUCGAACAAGGUGGCACACCAGCAAGGUAUUGAAGUUAUAGAUUUAGAAAGAAAGCAUGAGGAUCAUCUCGCAGCUUUGCCUUGGCUUAAAGCUAAGCGUGCUUUUAAGAAUGAGGGCACCAAGGGGAUGGAUUUAAAUAUGGGGGAAUCGACUUUCUUAUCUUCUCUGAAUCAAUUACAAGAUAAGAGUGAAAUUGGAAAGGUUCCUAAUCAAAUAGCUGUUCAGAAAAUGAAUUUGGCUUCCUGUCCCAAUGUUGUUGAGACCAGUGUGAUUCAAGGUAGCGACUCAAGCUGCAGAAAAAUUCUUGGGUUUCCAAUUUUUGAAAAGCCUCAUAUUCCUAAGAAUGAGUCUUCUUCCUUCACCUCUUCUUCUGUGGCCCUUCCUCGGCUAUCUGAAGAAGUGGAAAAUAGCAAGAAAAAUAAGGUAUUUGAUAUAAACUUACCUUGUGAUCCAGCUGUUCCUGACUUGGCUCAACAGACUGCAGAAGAAAUUGUGGUUGUUGCAAAAGAACCAGCUACAAAAGUUGCCAAUUUCAGAUGCCAGAUUGACUUGAACUCUUGCAUCAAUGAUGAUGAAACUUCUCUGAUGCCUUCUGUUCCAGUCUUCAGUGCAAAGAUUGUUGUAGGAAUAGAUUUGGAAGCCCCUGCAGUUCCUGAGAUUGAGGAGAAUAUCAUUUCCACAGAAGAAAAGGGACAUGAAGCGGCUUUACAGUCAACAGAGCACAGAGUUGAAAUCCCAACCGAUGAACUUAUCAGAAUAGCAGCCAAGGCAAUAGUUGCCAUUUCAUCAACUAGUUGCCAGAAUCAUUUGGAUGAUGCCACUUGCAAUCUGCGUGAAGCUUCUAUGACAGACCCUCUUCAUUGGUUUGUGGAGAUAGUUUCAUCUUGUGGAGAGGAUCUAGAGAGCAAGUUUGAUGCUGUUUCAAGAGCCAAAGAUUGUGAUGGUAAUUUGGAGACAUCAUGGGAAGUAAUUGAUUACUUUGAGUCGAUGACUUUGAGAUUGACAGAGACCAAGGAAGAAGACUAUAUGCCCAAGCCUUUGGUUCCAGAAAACCUGAAACUGGAAGAUACAGGAACCACUCCUGUACCGACACGAACCCGAAGGGGCCAGGGAAGAAGAGGAAGGCAACGGAGGGACUUCCAGAGGGACAUUCUUCCUGGCCUUGCCUCACUCUCGAGACACGAGGUGAGAGAAGAUCUUCAAACAUUCGGAGGGAUGAUGAGAGCCACAGGUCAUCCUUGGCAGUCAGGAUUAACGAGAAGGAACUCUACUAGAAAUGGUUGUGCAAGGGGGGGACGGCGCUCGCUGGUUAGCCCCUCACCUCCAGUGACCGCAAGCCCACCUUGCACUCCACUAAUUCAGCAGCUUCAUAAUAUUGAAGUGGGACUGGAGGACAGAAACCUAACAGGGUGGGGGAAGACAACUAGACGCCCCCGCCGGCAAAGAUGCCCCGCAGGUAAUCCUCCAUCCCACCCUUUAACCUAAUUACAGGAAGAGACUUUCAUUUGUCAAUUCAUAGUUUAUAGAGGGAAGCAGAAAGUUUGUUUCUAUGACGCUGGGGAUUGAGUUGUUGUGAUCCAUUGGGGACUCCUUGUACAUUUAGCCCAUAAUCUAGGUCCCCUUGAUUCUGUCUUUGGGUGGUAACCAACUUUGUAUUAUUCAUAAAUAAUAUUGCGUGAUUUCUUCCAGGAUGUA